AUGGACAAGGAAAAUAUGCCACCUUUAUUGGAUGGCCAUCAAAUGAUUGAAUACAUCGGUGUGUCAAAAAGAUUAGGGAACAAUGUCUUACAGGAGCUGGAACAACGUGCCAGUAACCUUCUACCGAACGUGUCACCAGAAAAGACCCGUUUGAUGCAUCUGGGCCAUGAUUCAGAGAUGAAGAAUUCGAUUUCAAUGAAGUUUCAGGAUAAACAUGAAAAACGGUUCCAGGUGAUGGACUCUAUCGAUACCCAUUACUCGCUGGCUAAGUACUCUGGUAUGCCUCAGACACCAGGGAAGAGGAAAAAUGGGUCAGACGCGGAUGAGACAAGUGUUGCUGUGAAUUUAGGUUCACCAGGAUCUGUAAAGAAGAAACAGAAAUCCGUAGGAAAUGUGUUCAGUCCGGUUACUGAUAUAACGCAUAGGAUCAGGAGGUUAAGGGUACGCAUUACGACGCCCAAUGAAAGGGAAAGAACUGAGCGUGAUCGUAGAAGAAAUAUAAUAAGCAACACGCCGUUAUCGAGACAGCGACAGCUCCAUGAAAGUAUCCCUACUUUCGCACAACCUACAGCUACGUCACUGAAACGGAAACAGAUGAACAAUCCUUUACACAAGCUGGUGGCUAGUGACAACAACAAUGUGGAAUCGCAACCCAAACCGAAACCAGCAAAACCAAGACACGGUGAUAUAUUCAGGAAUUUGAACCAAUCGGAGAAGCAGGCCUCACAUCCGAGAAGUGCGCCGGUACCCAAACAACAACGUAUUCCUCAAUCUAAAUCCGUAUUUGAAAGGCUAUAUGAACAAUCCACGAUAUCCAGAUCCAAUUCGUCUAAAAAUUUACUGAAACAGGAGAAAACUACUAGUAGCGAUGGUAACACAUCGCAAAUACCAAGAUCCAAGACACAACAUGAUUUACAUGGAGGUAUGAAAAAUGCAAGACUAACGAAAUCGACAACGCUGCAAAACGUUGCACUAGAUAGACCUCAGUGGAGGUAA